AUGAGUCCAAAUAUCUGUUGGUUUUGCAAGAUAUUCAGAGCAGAAGAAAAUGAGGUCAGUUCUAAUGUGUCUUUGGAGGAAGUGCUACAGUGAUCCCAGUCUUUUGAAAAGCUGGUAACAAGGAAAUAUGGGCCUCUGAUCUGCAAGACCUACUUCAAGACAGAACAUAGCAAUGAAAAUUUAGAAUUCUGGCUUGCUUCUGAAGCUUAUAAGAACAUGUUAGAGGAAAAGGAUCCAUGUGCCAGGAAGCUUUUUACGAGUUAUAUUCAACCCCAGGCUCCCAAGGAGAUUAACAUUGACAGUCCUGCAAGGAACAGGAUCAUAAGGAAUAUCCAAGAGCCAACACAAUCCCGCCUUGAUGAAGUACAGAGAAUAGCUAACAUGCACAUGGAAAGAGAUUCUUAUCCAUGAUUUCUUGAAUCAUCCUACCAAAAACUCAAACGCGGUCUUCAAACUAAUGGCAACAAUUCAAUACCUGGACUACAGGAGAAGAGCACUUGCUACCCGGUGAGAUGUAACAGGCUUGCCCAUACAGAAAACCUGUUAUCAGGGAAAGGAGCCAGAAGGUUCCAAAAAGAAAGACUGGAAAAACAUAUUUUGGAAGAUAUAUUAGCAAAGGAAGAUUUGUUUGAAAAGAUACUGUCUCCUGCAACAUAG